UGCGCAGCUUGCGCCCACGCAGGCGCGCACCCCGCCUUCGAAACGCCGUCCCCUCUCGGUCUCAUUUGCUCCCUUCCCAGAGCGUGCGGCCGCGGCCCGGACGUUGGUUCGCCGGCUCGCCGCAACGAGCGUUCCAACGAUUCCACGAAAGCCACCCAUGCCGGCCCACCCCCACGCCCUUCUCCACACUCGACCUUCCACUGAUUAUGCUCCUGCUCCCCACAAGGCUGGUCAAACCCGGAUGCUGCUUCUCUCCUACAAUCUCCCCCCGUCUCGCCCAUGCCGCUCUCUGCUGGAACCGGCUCCACAAAAGCGAUGCGCACAGCCUGUUCGACGCGGUGCCUGCAACGGACCACAGGCACUGCAGCGAGCUGCUCAGGGCGCGGACAGCGAACGGGGAUCAUUCCGGUUCUAUCUCCCUCCUUCGCGGGAUGCUCGGGCGGGGCCUCCGGCCCGACAGGCUCGCGCUCGCCGCGGCGAUCAAGUCGGCGUCCGCGCUCCGGGACGGCGAAUCCCUGGGGAGGUGCCUCCACGGGUUUGUUGUCAGGACCGGGCACGCCGCGGGCGUGGCUGUGGCGAAGGCGGUCAUGGACAUGUACGGGAGGUGUGGGACUCUCGCGGACGCCCGCCUGGUGUUUGAUGAAAUGAGCUGCCCUGAUACGGUGUGUUGGAACAUCCUGAUCACUGGGUCCUCCAGGGCUGGGUAUUUUGACGACGUGUUUGACUUGUUCCGGUCGAUGGUUGCAUGUGGUGCAGAUGAGAGCAUGCCGACCGCUGUGACGGUGGCUGUCGUCAUUCCGGUAUGUGCAAAGUUGAGGGUGUUGAGGGCUGGGAUGAGUAUCCACGGCUAUGUCGUCAAGACCGGGUUGGAAUCUGAUACUUUGUGUGGAAAUGCAUUGAUAUCACUGUAUGCAAAAUGUGGUGGAAGUGGGACCAUGGAUGAUGCUCAUAGAGCAUUUUCUUCAAUCGGUUGCAAGGAUGUUGUUUCAUGGAAUUCAAUCAUCGCAGGACACUCUGAGAACGGGUUGUUCAAAGAAGCACUCGCGCUAUUUGGUCAGAUGACCUCAGACAAAUGUCUUCCAAAUUAUUCAACAGUCGCUAAUAUUCUUCCUGUAUGCUCAUUCAUGGAGCACGGGAAGUACUAUGGCAAAGAAGUGCAUGGUUUCGUCUUCCGGGUUGGUUUAUAUGUGGACAUAUCUGUUUGUAAUGCACUGAUGACACAUUAUUCCAAGGUGUAUGAAAUGAGGGCUGCGGAAUCAAUAUUCAGAAGUAUGAAUACAAGAGAUAUCAUUACCUGGAACACAAUAAUUUCUGGAUAUCUGAUGAACGGGUACCACUCUAGGGUGUUAGACCUGUUCCAUAGGCUUCUUUCUACAGGAAUGACUCCUGAUUCAGUUUCAUUGAUCAGUCUGCUCACUGCUUGUGCUCAAGUAGGUGAUGCCAAAGGGGGGAUGGGGGUUCAUGGUUAUAUUUUUCGACAUCCAGUACUUCAUCAGGAAACAUCCUUAAUGAAUUCUCUUGUUAGCUUUUAUAGCCAGUGUAACAGGUUUGAUGACGCUCUUCAUGCUUUUGCUGAUAUUUUGAGCAAGGACUCGAUAUCAUGGAAUGCAAUUCUAUCUGCCUGUGCUAAAAGAGGAAAACAUAUUGAAGAGUUCUUUAAACUCUUCAAUGAAAUGUGCCACGAGGUGACUCGGUGGGACUCGGUCACAAUCUUGAAUGUCGUCCGCGUGAGUAACUUGUGUGGCAGCACUAAGAUGGUUCGGGAAGCUCAUGGAUAUUCCUUGCGAGUUGGUUAUAUUGGUGAAACUUCAGUUGCAAAUGCUAUUCUCGAUGCAUAUGCAAAGUGUGGCUACCCACAGGAUGCAGAUGUACUCUUCAGAAAUCUUGCAGUUCGGAACAUUGUAACGUACAAUACUAUGAUUUCUUGCUACCUGAAGAAUAGCUCUGUAGAGGAAGCUGAGAUUAUUUUCAACCAGAUGUCUAAGAAAGAUCAGACGACAUGGAAUCUCAUGAUCCAAGUGUAUGCACAGAAUGGUAUGUGUGAUCAAGCUUUCAGUCUAUUUCGUCAGUUGCAGUGUCCUGAUACUAUCAGCAUUACAAAUAUUCUCCUGGCUUGCAUCCAUUUGAGUCUGGUACAACUUGUGAGACAAUGCCAUGGCUACAUGCUCAGAGCAUCUCUGGAAGACAUUCAUCUUGAAGGAUCCCUUCUUGAUGCAUAUUCGAAGUGCGGGAACAUAACCGAUGCAUACAACCUAUUUCAAGUCAGCCCUACCAAGGACCUUGUGACGUUCACUGCCAUGAUAGGAGGUUAUGCAAUUCAUGCUGGACUUGUUGAUGCAGGAAUCAAGAUUUUCAAGUCUGUCAGAGAGAUUUACAGAAUUGAACCGACGGCAGAGCAUUACACAUGCAUGGUUGACCUUCUUUCCCGUGGCGGACGUCUCCAAGAUGCAUAUAAUUUUGCCUUGGAUAUGCCCCCUCACUUGGUCAAUGCCAAUGCUUGGGGCUCUCUAAUAGGGGCGUGCAAGGUCCAUGGAGACGUCAGAAUCGGCCAGCUCGCAGCUGAUCAAUUGUUCUCCAUGGAGUUUGGGGACAUUGGGAACUAUGUCACUGUGUCAAAUAUAUACGCAGCUGGUGAGGAAUGGGAUGGUGUUGAGCAUGUCAGGAAACUGAUGAAGUCCAAGGAUAUGAAGAAACCUGCAGGAUGCAGCCAGGCACUUUCAUAGCCAGUGAUGUUAAGCAUCAAGAUAGGUCUUCUAUCCACGACACGUCAGGAAUCUUGUAUCAGCAAAUCAAAGAUAUGCAGCCAGGCACAGAACAUUCUGUUGUUAGUUACAUCAUUGACGCAAUCGAACUGGCCAGAGGUUACAGAAACUUGAAUGGGAAAUUUUGUUCUAAAAAAAUGUCUUUCAUAGCUUAUUUGCCAUCCAUUGUAUCUAUCAUCCUGAGGUAUGCUACGCAGUAACGGGAAAACAUAACCUGGUGGCAUCAACUCUGGAUGACUUGAUAAUUUGUGUCCAUCACUGAUUUAUUAUACGAACUAAAUCAUCUAUUGGCAGAGUUACGGAUGGGGAGUUAUGGAUUGGUGUAAGGAGGCUCAUUAUACAAAUAAGUUACAUGAUCCACCAGACCACAACAUGCAUUCUAGAUUUAAAGCAAACAGCGACUACAUCAUGUCCAUCUCCACUGGAACUCUCCUGUGUCCUGUCAGUUUUCUACAAACCCAGGUUAAAUAACUUCUCACUUUUUUCAUGCAUUUCUGCGCAUCUGAUUUACUUCUGGACUUCUGGUGUAUUGCCAAUGUUCUACCAUGAUGCCGAACAAGUAUAAAAAAUAAUGUUGCCUGCUGAUUUGAUUGAGCUCGAAAGGAAACUAUUUAUUGCCUA